AUGUUUAAACAUACCGCCCACCAUGGACAGAAUGUACAUCACCUAAAACAAGUGAUAGGUACUCAGACGUUGACCUUUGAAGAGAUGAGCACUCUUCUGUACCAAAUAGAAGCCUGUCUCAAUUCCAGACCAUUGUCACAAUUAAGUGUGAACUCACAAGAUCCUACACCUCUUACCCCAGGACAUUUUCUUGUCGGCGAGCCAUUGGUUUUGGUGCCGGACAGCAAUUAUGAAACCUCAUCGGUUUCUUCACUAAAGCGCUGGCAGCUAACGCAACAGUUGCUGCAGCAUUUUUGGCGUAGGUGGUCAAAUGAAUAUCUCACGCAGUUCAUGCAACGUUACAAAUGGGCACAUCAAAAACCAGAACCGAAUGUUGGUGAUAUUGUUUUAGUUCGAGAGGAUAAUCUUCCUCCAGCAAAAUGGUUAUUAGGGAUUAUAACGGAUAAACAUGCAGGUUCGGACAAUAUUACGAGGGUUGUUAGUCUUAAAUGUAAGGAUGUUAUCGUUAAGCGUCCUAUAACCAAAUUAUGUGUAUUGCCUGUGACGAAGUAA